GACUUCAAAAGAUAUUUUCAACAUUGGAAGAGGGAGAGUACAACGUGAUGCUCUUUCUUUUCAUAAUUUUAACUAAAACUACUGGACCGAUGUCAGGCUGAUCUCUGUUUCUUUGAUGUCCAGCUUUCCUCCAGUGAACACGUUGCAUCCCACUUAGAAAAAACAACUAAAAAUGGUGUUGCUCGUGCGGAAAUUAUAUAGAUCAUUCCUUAUUCUCUUUCACCUGUUUCUCUGGUGCAAACUUCCUGGAGCUAGAUGGUUUCCUAAAACCUUGCCUUGUAACGUCACUCAGAACAUUAUGGAAGCCAGUGUAAUGGUGAAUUGCAGCGAUAAACAUCUCACAGAAAUCCCAAAAGGAAUUCCUUACAAUACAACCAACCUGACUCUCACCAUCAAUCACAUACCAAAAAUUACCCCAAACUCCUUUGAUGACUUGAAAAAUCUGGUGGAAAUUGAUUUCCGAUGCAAUUGUAUUCCUGUCCGACUAGGGCCAAAAGACCACAUAUGUCUCAAGAGGCCAAAAAUCAGUUUUGGCAGCUUUAAAAAUCUCACUAAUUUGAAGUCACUGUACUUAGAUGGAAACCAACUCACUGAAAUACCUUUAGGCCUUCCUUCCAAUUUGCAGUUACUGAGUCUUGAAGCAAAUCACAUCUUUUCCAUCACCAAAGAGAACUUGACUGAGUUGGACAACCUAGAAAUUCUCUAUCUGGGCCAAAAUUGUUAUUACCGUAAUCCUUGCAAUGUUUCUUUUUUUAUAGAAAAAGAUGCCUUUCAGAGUCUGAGGAAUUUAACAGUAUUAUCCCUAAAGGCUGACAAUUUAACUACUGUUCCCACUACUUUACCAUCCAGUUUAAGAGAGCUCUAUCUUUAUAACAAUAUUAUCCAAAGCAUUGAAAAGGAUGAUUUUCAAAACCUCAACCAAUUAGAAAUUCUUGACUUGAGUGGAAAUUGCCCUCGUUGUUUCAACGUCCCAUUUCCUUGUAUCCCUUGUCCAAAUAAUAGUGCAUUAAAGAUCCAUAACAAUGCUUUUGAUUCCUUAAUAGAAUUAAAAUUUUUGCGUCUCCAUAGUAAUUCACUACAGAAUAUACCUAAGAGUUGGUUUAAAAACACCAAAAAACUUGAAGAACUUGAUCUUUCCCAAAACUUCCUGGCCAAAGAAAUUGGAGAUGCCAAGUUUUUAUAUUCUCUUGCCAGUCUCAUCAUACUGGAUUUGUCUUUCAAUUAUGAACCACAAAUCUACCGUGCUUAUUUGAAUUUGUCAAAAUCAUUUGCUUCCCUGAAAAAUCUGAAAAUCUUGAGACUUAAAGGCUAUGUCUUUAAGGAAUUGAAAAGUAACAACCUCUUGUCCUUACAGAAGCUCUCAAAUCUUGAAGUGUUAGAUCUUGGCACUAACUUUAUUAAAAUUGCUGAACUGGGUGUGUUAAAAAAAUUCCAAGCUCUGAAAAACAUUGAUCUUUCUGUUAAUAAAAUAUCUCCUUCUGGAGAGCCAAGUCAAAAUGGAUUUUGCUCAAUGUCCAGGACUUCUACAGAGUUCCAUGUUUCCCAAGUAUUUGAAUCCAUGCAUUAUUUCAGAUAUGAUGAGUUUGCUCGAAGUUGCAUGUUUAAAAGCAAAGAGAAACCUUCUCUCUCACUGAUCAAUAAUGACUGUGAGUCAUAUGGAAAAUCUUUAGAUUUAAGCAGAAAUAAUAUAUUUUUUAUCAAUCCUAGUGAUUUCCAGGACCUUUCUUUCCUGGAGUGUCUAAAUCUAUCAGGAAAUAGCAUUAGCCAAACUCUCAAUGGCAGUGAAUUUCACCCUUUGGUGAAACUGAAAUACCUGGAUUUCUCUAACAACAAACUUGAUUUGCUUUAUCCAACAGCUUUUCAGGAGUUGCAAGAGCUAGAAGUUCUAGAUAUUAGUGGUAAUAGCCAUUAUUUUCUGUCAGAAGGGAUCACUCAUAUGCUCAAUUUCACCAAGAAUCUCCCAGUUUUGAAGAAAUUGAUGAUGAAUGGGAAUGAUAUCUCCACCUCCACCAGCACAAAAAUGGAAAGUGAAUCUUUAAGUAUUCUGGAAUUCCGAGGAAAUCGUUUAGAUAUUUUAUGGAGAGAUGGAGAUAACCGAUAUUUACAGUUCUUUAGGAAUCUGAACAAGCUGGAGGAGUUAGAUAUUUCUGAAAAUUCCCUCCAUUUUUUGCCUCUUGGAGCAUUUGAGGGCAUGCCUCCCAAUCUGAAGACUCUCUUCUUGUCCAAAAAUAAUUUUAAGUCUUUCACCUGGGACAACCUCAUCUACCUUAAGAAUCUGGAGACACUGGAUCUCAGUCACAACCUUCUGACCAGCGUUCCUGAGGUAUUAAGCAAUUGUUCCAAAAGUCUCAAGAAAUUGAUACUGAAUAAUAACUACAUCCGUCACUUGACAAAAAAUUUUCUCCAAGAUGCUUUUCAGUUGAGAUAUCUGGACCUUAGUUCAAAUAAACUUCACGUCAUUCAAAAAUCCAGCUUCCCAGAAAAUGUCCUUAACCAGCUUGAUACGCUACUUUUACAUGGCAACAACUUUAUGUGCAACUGUGAUGCUGUAUGGUUGGUGUGGUGGAUUAACCAAACAGAGGUCACUAUUCCUUAUUUGGCCACUGAAGUGACCUGUGCAGGACCAGGAGCACACAAAGGCCAGAGCUUGAUUUCACUCAAUUUAUAUACCUGUGAGUUAGAUUUGACUAAUUCGAUUCUGUACACUAUCUCAGUAUUCAUCAUUCUUUGCCUGAUGGUUGUUCCAGUCACAAACCAUUUAUAUUACUGGGAUGUAUGGUACAGCUAUCAUUUCUGCAAAGCCAAAUUAACGGGAUAUCAGCGCCUAGUUUCACCAGAUUUUUGUUAUGAUGCUUUUAUUAUCUAUGAUACCAAUGAUCCAAAGGUGACAGAAUGGGUUUUCCAAGAGCUGCUGGAAAACAUUGAAAGCCAAGGAGAGAAACAAUUCAAUUUGUGUCUUGAAGAACGAGACUGGUUGCCAGGAAAACCAGUUUUGGAAAACCUUUCCCAGAGUAUACAACUAAGCAAAAAAACAGUAUUUGUGAUGACUAAUGCCUACGUCAAGUCAGGGAAUUUUAAGACAGCAUUUUACUUGUCACAUCAAAGGCUCAUAGAUGAAAAAUUAGAUGUGAUCAUUUUGAUAUUUCUUGAAAAAGCUCUUCAGAGAUCAAAGUACCUCCAACUCAGAAAAAGAUUGUGUAAGAGGUCGGUCCUUGAGUGGCCCACUAAUCCACAGGCUCACCCUUAUUUCUGGCAAUGUUUGAAAAAUGCCAUAGCCACAGACAAUAACACAGUUUAUAGUAAGGUGUUUAAAGAGACUCUCUAGCCCUUGUCUUCACAAACAGUAAAAAAGGUUAUCAGUUUCACAUGGGAAGUGAAGACAUUGCCCCAUUGCCAAAUUACUCUCAUUGUACCCAGAGUUGAGGUAAGAUAUGUUCCUAAGAACAUAUGAACAUAAAAUCAUAUGAACAUAAUGGCUUGAGAACUUCCAGGAAGGCACAUGGUAUCUAAGUGGAUAAAUAAUAUUUCCUGUUACUUUCAAAUAUUCCACCUCCAAUUUCUUUACUUGUUAACUUAUUUUCUUUUACUUCUUGGUUUUUUCCUGAAAUUUUGGCUCUUCAGUAAUACUUUAUUUUCAAGUAGUUUUAAUUCCUCAAGGUCUGUGAAAAAGAAUACACUGAUUUUGGUCAAAGGUCCUGAGUUAAAAAUCCCAUUUCUAAUGGUUAUCUAUGUGAUUGAGCAAAUCUCUUAUACCUCAGUUUCCUCAUCUGUAAAUUGAAGGGGUUGAACUAGAUGAUUUUUCAGUCUCUUUUCAGCUGUACCUCUAUGAUCCAAUGACCCUAAGCAAAAUAUUCUGAGGAGGGAAGACUCAGAAAACCACAGUUUUAUUCCUUCCACGACUAUGACAAUUGUGCUGUGAAUCAAAUUAUAUUGCUGACUUGCCACAUACAAAGAUUUUUAAGUUGCCCAAUAAUUGAGCCCACAGAGUUUAAAUUAUAGCUAGCAUUAAUAUUGAAAAGAACUUUAUAAAUUACAUCUCAUUUUAUCCUUACAACAGACAGGUGUUAUUAUCCCCUUGUACAGAUGAGGAUACUGUGACAAAUAAAGGCUAAGAGACUUUUAUUUAUUAAAAACCUUUAUUAUAUAUAAUCUUUAUUUCUGUAUGUGUCCAGGGUCAUAAAGUCAAUCAAUCUAUCAGUAAACUUUUAUUAAAUGUCUAAUAUGUGUCAGACACUGUGUAAUUCACUGAGAGUGUCAAGCUGAAUUUGAAUUUGGGUUUUUUUGACUCUUGAAUCUAGUGUUCUAACUAUUGUGCCAUGUGUCUACAUGAUACCAAAAUAGUGAAACUCCAGAAAUUCAUUUCUUAAAAAAGAAGUUAUCCAAAAAGUCAUUUAGCCCUGAGUAAUCAAUCCACUUGGUUUAAUCAUUCCUUGAUCAGUUGAUUCUGCAUUUUAUAGCUCCCCUAUCUAUUUCAUGCAGACAUGGCCUCUGGACCCAAGAACUAAGUACCUGUUUUGUUUUUUUGUUUUUUUUUUCCUGUUUUCUUUUCCUUCAUGAUCUGAUAUAGAGUUUCAUGGGAAUAUGAUGAGCAAAAGUUCUAUGCUAAAUGGAAGCAUCCCAAGCUAAAAUGGAAAAUUUUCUGACACUAUUCAGCUAUUUCUCAAAGUAAUGUUCUUCAUUUUUGAUUAGUCUUUCUGUCAAUUAUUUUUUUAUUUGGGCUGACAUAUACUGUACACAUAGUAAACACUGCUUUCUCCAAAGAAUUAUUAUCAAUACUAUUUUGAUAAUUAAAGUGGCACAUCUGUGAGUACCAAGGAUUCUGGCAAAUGGAAAUGGACUCUUUUAGCCUGCCAAACUUGAGUGUGUGUCUAAGGUCUUUGUUAUAGGUAGAAUACCAAGAUGCUGAGCACAUAUUUUUUUUAAUUUCAGUUCAAAACAACAGAAAUCUAGUAACUUGUUAAUGAGAAAAUAAAAGAACAUUUUAAAUUUU